UAACUAAGAAGUCCACAGUAGACAUUUCCCACUAUAGUGCCAAGCUGCAAAGUCGAAAUUGCCAUAAAUCGUGAAAAAUGUAUGAAGACGUCAAUUCGCUUUUUGCUCUUCAUUUAAGCGUAGGUCAGGCACACGUUUAGGAGUAUAGUUAAUGUUACCGUUAGUUUUGAAAUCCGAUUUUUAAAGAAGAUACAUUGUAGAACUUCCGGGUUUUGCAGCUUGGCCAUAUAGUGCCAACCCCUCAGACAGGCCAGCGGUGUGUUCUCCGUUUCUCUCGUCUCACUGAGUUGUGUUCACAGCUAAUGCACGGACACCGGACGGACCGCCCGUCUGCCAGUGGGUUGACGAUCUGCGGUACUUUGUUGUCCCUGCUACUUUUUACAGGAACCUGCCGGACCAAGAAGACAUGGCCCAAGUCCUUCUCUCAGGAGGAGCUGAAGAAACGUCUCUCCCCCAUUCAGUUCCAUGUCACCCAGGAGAAAGGAACAGAGAGUGCCUUCAGAGGGGAAUACACCGAAUAUAAAGAGGAUGGGAUCUACACCUGUGUCGUCUGUGGCUCCCCUCUGUUCAAGUCCGAGACCAAGUUUGACUCUGGAUCAGGUAGGUUUGAUGCAGCAAACGUUUUAACCCUCACACGUUAUUUCAUGACUUCAUCUGACACCGACCAACCGCCUCACAAGUCAAGGCAACGCCGAGGACGAGUCACCUUGUCUUGUUUUACUUCACUUGCUUCAUGGCAAAAUACAUGGUAGAAUAUACCUUGUAGU